UGCCGCCGUCAGCUCUGUGGGUUCGGUGAGCAGACGAGGCCCCCAUGGAGCUGCUGGCCGGAGUGAGUCUUCUCCUCAGCCUGGGGAAUUUGGCGUCAGGCGCGGCUGAACCAGGCUGUGGGUCGCCGGCAUUCAGCAGCCGCAUUGUCGGGGGCAGUGACGCGGCGGCGGGGUCGUGGCCGUGGCAGGUCAGCCUGUUUAGGGGAAAGGCCCUGAUCUGCGGAGGAUCUGUGAUAUCGGAGCGCUGGCUCCUGACCGCGGCGCACUGCGUCUCUGGGUCGAAUGACGCUUCGCUCUACAGCGUGAGGUUAGGAGCCCUCAACCUUUCCACCGUGAACAGCUAUGAGAUUGCGUCUUCAGUGAAGCAGAUCGUCCUCCACCCCAAUUACAGCAAUACCACCUCCGCCGGCGACCUGGCUCUGCUACAACUCAACACGUCGGUAACGUUCUCCCAGUUCAUCCGCCCCGUCUGCCUCCCGGACAAUUCCACGGCGUUCCCCGAAGGGAUGAACUGCACGGUGACCGGCUGGGGCAACGUCAACCACUCAAGAGGAAUGUCUUUUUCCCUUUCUUCAGAGAGCCUCCCCCCUCCGUCCACGCUCCAGCAGGUAGUCGUCCCGCUCGUGGAGCAGAAGAGCUGCGAUCAGAUGUAUCACCAAAACUCCACCGUGGCUCCAACGCUGGCGAUAAUCCGGCCGGACAUGAUCUGCGCCGGACUCGCAGCCGGAGGGAAGGACUCCUGCCAGGGGGACUCUGGUGGUCCGCUGGUUUGCAGGCUGAACAGUACCUGGUUCCAGGUGGGCAUCGUCAGCUGGGGGACCGGCUGUGCUCUUCCCAACCGGCCUGGAGUCUACACCCGGGUGUCUUAUUACAGAGACUGGAUUGUGGGGAUCAUCACCCCAAAUCUCACAGCGCUGUCAGCGUCACCGUCCACCGUGGCAACGACAACAGAGGAGUGCGGGAAAGUCCGGCUGUCCGGCCGCAUUAUGGGGGGCCAGGACGCCCAGGAAGGGGCGUGGCCGUGGCAGGUCAGCCUGAGAAGGAACGGUGUCCACAUCUGCGGAGGCUCCCUCAUCAGCCGGAACUGGGUUAUCUCUGCCGCUCACUGCGUGGAAGGUUUCGACGCCGCUUUAUUCUCUGUGUUUCUCGGGUCGUACGCCCUGACCCUGCCGAGUUUCCACGAGGUGUCAGUGAGGGUGGGGAGGAUAAUCGUGCACCCGGCGUACCACCUCCAAUCGGGGAGCGGCGACAUCGCUCUCCUGGAGCUGGGGAGACAAGUGAGCUACACGAGUUACGCGCUUCCGGUCUGUCUGCCCGCCGGGGACGUUCUCUUCCCGACCGGCCUGAAGUGCUGGGUCACCGGCUGGGGAAACAUCAAGUACGGGACCAGCCUGCCGAGCCCCGCUAUACUGCAGGAAGUCCAGGUCCCUUUGAUUGACGCGAAAACGUGCGACGAUCUCUAUCACCUCCAGUCUGGCGCUGAUCAGAGCAGGGCGAUUGCCACCGAUAACAUAUGUGCCGGCUACGCAGCCGGCGGCAAGGACUCCUGCCAGGGGGACUCCGGGGGGCCGCUGGUCUGCGCGGAGAACGGCCGCUGGUUCUUGGCCGGGAUAGUGAGUUUUGGGGAAGGUUGUGGGGAGGUGAACCGGCCGGGAGUCUACACGCUACUGACCGCCUACAGCGACUGGAUUGUGGAGAACGUUCCGGAGGCCGCGGUGAACAUGCGGGGGGUGAAUUUCACGAGCCCCGCUAAUUACUCCUCGGUGACGCACUCGGGGUCUUACGCCGGCGUGCCCUCCAUCUUUGUGGUGGCGCUGAUGCUAAUUAUUCAGUGAAGUCCCCAUUAAACGUGGACACGGAAUGCACCGUGAUAUGAAAUGAAUGAAUCGGGGGGGGGGGGUCCGGAAAUUCUGUUAAUUGUGCAUUAAAAUAGGAGCAAAAUGGCUACAUUUGGGAAAUCCAUCGUAA